AUGAACUGGAGGGCUUUUCUUUGGAUCUCCGCCCUGUUCGACAGGCAAGCCGAGCUGUACCGUCCUCUCUUCGCCGCACGGAGGCAGUCACGCUCCAAGAUUCGCGGCGAUAUGGUCCACCCAUACGCCGACUCACUCCUCGAUCUCCGCGUUGCCGACGGCAAUGUCUGGCGGGCUCUCCGGGAGAGCGAGAUGGUGGGCCUCGUGUUCGAGUUCCUUGGUGCAGGCACGGGUACCAUCGCUACUUGCGUCGAGUGGAUGCUUGCCCACCUCAUCAACUAUCCUGAAAUCCAGGCCAGACUACGCCGCGAGAUCGUCGACGAGACCACCCACGGCGCCAUGCUGUCUAGCAAGGGCCUCCGCAGCAUGCCGUACCUGAAUGAUGUGGUAAUGGAGAGCCUCCGCAUGCACCCGCCGGUGUGCUUCAUAUUGUGCGGGGCCCAUGGAGAGGGCACCAAGGAAUUCGUUGGUGCCACCACCAUGCCCCCCGACGGUCUGCGGGUGCUGUUCAAUCUCGGUGACAUUGGGAGAGGCAAGGCAACGUGGACGGAUCCCGACGAGUUUCGGCCGGAACGGUUCCUUUCCGGAGGCGAGGGAGAGGAUGUCGGCCCAUUGCCAGUACCCAAGGAGAUCAGGAUGAUGUCGUUCGGUGCUGGGCAUAGGCACUGCCCCGGGGUGGGCAUGAGGAUGAUGCUCAUCAAGUGCUUGAUGGCCACCCUCGUUGGCGAGUUCGAGUGGGCGCCGUCGGCUCAAGAGUGCAGUGGCGGCGGCGACGCCACGGAGCUCAACGGGUCAAAACGGACAAAACCGUGGCCCAACAUGGUCACGCACCCUAAAUGCGGAUGA